CGUUACUUCCUCAUGAGGCACAAAACAUAACGGCAAACAAUGGCCACUCUUGCGCCUUCCUCUUCCACAUCCUCUCUCCUCUUCUCUUCUCCCAAAUUCUCAUCUCCUUCUCUCUUCCCUCUUCAAUCUCUCUCACUAUCCCCCUCCUCUCUCUCUUCCUCUUUCUCCAUUUCCUCAUCUUUUACACCCCACCUCACAUCCCCAACCCGGAAGACUACUCUCUCUCCGCUCCGAUUCAGCGUCCGGGCCGCCGCCCAGAAGAAGAAGGUGCUUAUAAUCAACACCAACAGCGGUGGGCACGCUGUGAUCGGCUUCUACUUCGCCAAACAGCUUCUGGGUAGCGGCCAUGAAGUCACCAUCAUGACUGUCGGCGAGGAGGCCUCUGACAAGAUGAAGAAGCCUCCUUUUAACAGAUUCUCAGAAAUUGUGGAGGGUGGUGGGAAGACAGUGUGGGGUAAUCCAGCAGAUGUGGGGAAGGUGUUGGACGGCCAAGUAUUUGAUGCGGUUUUGGAUAACAAUGGCAAGGACCUGGACACAGUAAAGCCAGUGGCAGACUGGGCAAAGAGUUGUGGAGUGAAACAAUUUUUGUUCAUCAGCAGUGCUGGGAUCUUCAAGCCAACUGAAGAGCCUCCCCACAUUGAAGGGGAAAGUGUAAAAGCUGAUUCGGGUCAUGCUACAGUAGAGAAGUACAUUUCAGAGGUUUUCAGCCUCUGGGCAUCCUUCCGCCCACAAUACAUGAUCGGCUCUGGCAACAACAAAGAUUGUGAAGAAUGGUUCUUUGACCGUAUUGUAAGAGGCAGAGCAGUCCCAAUCCCGGGCUCUGGUAUGCAGCUAACGAAUAUUUCCCACGUUAGAGACCUGUCCUCCAUGCUUACUCUGGCUGUUGAGAACCCAGAUGCAGCAAGUGGCCACAUCUUCAACUGUGUGAGCGAACGUGCCAUAACGCUUGAUGGCAUGGCCAAGUUUUGUGCUCAGGCUGCAGGGAAGCCCCUUCAGAUUGUUCACUAUGACCCCAAAGCGGUGGGAAUUGAUGCCAAGAAAGCCUUCCCUUUCCGCAAUAUGCACUUCUAUGCUGAGCCAAGAGCUGCCAAGGCGAUUCUUGGAUGGGAGGGCACAACUAACCUUCCCGAAGACUUGAAGGAACGAUUUGAAGAGUAUGUAAAGAUCGGCAGAGACAAGAAGGAGAUGAAAUUUGAACUAGACGAUAAGAUACUUGAAUCCCUCAAAGUACCAGUGGCUGCUGCUUGAUCCCACCAUUCUAUGUACUAUCAUUGUAUUCUGCAAAAGAGAUUUUGAAGGAGAAGCUGACUUUGUUUACUGAUCACCAGAAUUGCCUCAAUGAACACAUUAUCCA